AUGGGUUCGGAAAACGAGGAUCGCCGUUCUACGCGCAAGCAAUCAAAGCUUACAUCGUCCCCUACGCUCCUUCCUGUUCACGAGGAGGAGGUCAUGGAAGACAUUUCUGUUCAUGAGGAGGAGGUCAUGGAAGAAAUUUUUCCAGAGCUUGACGGAGAGGUUACUGACACUUCUGCUUCAGACAACCAUGAGCCUUCACCCAACCUUGACACCUCAGGCUUUAUGCCCUCGGCUUCCAAUGACUUACAGUUCGAGUAUGACAGCCCCACCGGUCUGGAUGCCGAGGAACUCAACGCGUUGUUCAAGCUACCCCCUCGUCCUAAGAAUGAUCCUCGCGAUCUUGCUAGCUUGAAGACUGAAGGUAUAGCUAAGUCUUUCAUGUGGCUAGGGAUAAAGCCGAAGCUGGGUCUACCAUAUGAUUUGGUGCAUGGGAUGGAGCAGCAGCAGGCGAAAGAUGCGAAGAAGCUCGAGGAGCGGAAUGAUAUGUAUGAUGAGCUAGACGAGGGGGAGCAACAGGCGAAGGCCACGGAGGAGGAUGAUGAGACUAUUGAGGCUCGUCCGGGAAAGCGACAGAAGAAGGCCAUGGAGGAUGAUGAUGAGGCUGGUACGAAGGCUACAGAGGACGAUGAUGAGUCUGAUGAGGCUCGCCCGGCAAAGCGACAGACGAAGUAG